AUGUCUAAGCGUGAGCUGCACCAGAAGUUAUUUGAGGAGUUUGAUUACAAGGAAAAGGCGGGAUCUGCGUGGAGCCAUAACUACUUGAAUCAGAAGCCAUGGCAUCCGAUGUCGUUUGCCUCAUCCACUCUUGCUCCCUUUCCCUUGCCUCCCUGUUUCCCUUCACUUCCGGUUUUCCGUGCCUCCCAUUCCCUUCCCUUUCUCUCCCUGUUCCUUGACUCCCGAUUGCAGUUCCAGAAGGAGCAGGAGUAUUUCAAACAAACGGCGCUGCUCUCAAAGCAACAAAAGGCCAAAGCAGAGGCGAUGCAGUCUGUGUCGUUCCUCUACAUGAAGCCUCCCGGGUACAACGCUGAGAGCGCGCGGGCGGCAGAGCUUGCAGAGGAGGAGAGGGCGAAGCAGGAGAGGGAGGGGAAGAUGCAGCUGGAAGGGGGAGGAGGAGGGGAAGGAGGCGGAGGGGAAGGUGGGGAAGGAGAGGGGGGAGGAGGGGAGGUUGCGGGUAUGGGUGCGGAUGGAGCGUUGGUGGUGGCAGAGGCAGGCACUGAGCCGCCUGAUACUGACGGGGGCAAGGAGCAGAAGAAGAAGAAGAAGCCCCGAGCCACGGACGUGUUUGGUCGAGCCGUGCCCACCGGAGACGACUUUGAAGUGCUCAAGAACGCGCCCAGGUUGGACACAGGAAUCAUAGGCCGGCCGCGCCCCUUUGGGCUCGAGUUGAGGAAUGUCAAGUGCGGGCGGUGUGGGGGGAUAGGGCACAGCAGUGGCGAAAGGGAGUGCCCUCUGUUUGACUCCGUGACUGAAAACGACCUCAAGCGGCAGCAGCGGGAGGACCCGCUCUCUCACAUCCUCGCCCUCAACCGCCCCCAGCCGUUUGGAUGGCAGCUGAAGGAGCAAGGGGCCGGUGGCAUGAGCCCCGUCCGGGGCGGCUUCAAGCCAAACGAUGCCAACCAGCAGAUCCUGCCGCCCAGCGACGACGAGAACGAGGGCGUGUUCGACCAGUAUGGGGGGUUCCUCCUUGGAGGAGAGGCGGAUGUAGCAGCAUUGGCUGCAGGAGGGGUUGGAGGUAUUGGAGGGGGAGGGGUGCUUAUGCCUGGUCUUGGCUCUUCUGUGUUAGACUCGCUGACGAAGCAGCAGCGCAAGGAGUUGAGCAGGGCUUUAAGGAUGAAGGAAAAGGAGGAGCGGAGGAAACGGAGGAAGAAGAAGGAGAGGAGAGGUGGGGGGGAGGGUAAGAGUAAGAGCGGGCGGGAGAAGAGGAGGAAGAAGGAGAAGAAGAAGGGACGUGGGGGGCGGAGGAGCCGUCACCAUCGCAGAAAAUCAGAUUCUGAUUCAUCGUCUGAUACAGGAUCGGAUUCUUCAGAAUCGGAAUCAGAUUCUGAAUCGAGCUCAGGGGAUGAGCAGACUGCUAGCUCUAGUGACAGCAGUAGGAGUGAGAGCAGUGGGAGUGACAGCAGCUGCAGCGACAGGAGUAAGAGAAAGCGGAGACGAGGAUCGAAGAGAAAGAGGUCGCAUGAGAGGAAGGGGAGGGAGAAGGAGAAGCAGAGGAGACGUGAGGAGGGAGGUCCAGGGCCUAGGGAGGAGAAGAAGGAAGAAACAAGCAAGAGUAGGGUAGAGAGCAGGGUAGAGAUCAAGAUAGAGAGAAGGGAGAUCCAGACGGGUGCUACUGCUGAUGCUGGUGAGCGUCAUAGUUCGAGGAUAGAGGACGAGGAUGGAGAGGAGAAGGGGGAACGAGGAAGCAGGCGCAGGUUAGAGGGGAAGGAGGUGAAGGGGCGUGCUGGUGGAAAUGGUGGUGAGAGUGGUGGAACGAGGUGGGAUGAUCAGGGUGGAGAGGGAAGAGGAGCAAGGAUGAGCAGGCGCGGGACAGAAGGGAAGGAGGUUAAGGGGCGUGCUGAUGGAAUUGCUGAGGGUGGUGGAACGAGGUGGGAAGAUGAGGUUGGGGAGGAGCGAGGAGGAAGAGAAGGGAUGGAUGGUUACAGGGAAAGGAUGUUGGAACGGAUGGGGAAGGAUGGGAAAGAGAGGAGCAGGAAAGAAGGGAGAGGGGAAAAGAAGAGAGAAGAGGGUUGGUCGAGAAAAGAGGAAAAGUGGGGAGUGGAAGGGAAGAGGGAGCAUCGUGGGGAAAGAAGAGAGGGGAGGGGCUGGAGAGUAGAGGAAGGAGAUAAAGGGCGAGAGGGUGACAGGGAUUCUGGUCGAGGGCGCAGGGGCAGGGAGGAGCAUGAACGGAGGAGAGAGCGAGUUGAUGUGAGGGAGGGGCGGGACAGAAGUUAA